AUGAAGUCCAUGAAGUCCCGCCGAUCGGGCGGCGCAUCCAGCGGCGGUAUCCGCAAGCGGGGCCCAACGCGCACCGAUCGAGAUGGCGAUAUGGACAUGGAUGGCAACGGCCGUGGAGGAAAACGAGCUCGUGGAAACUCUGGUCGCUCUCGCGGCGCAUCUGGAGGGCGACUGGCCGGUGGAAAGGCUCGCGACAAGCUUGGCAUGAACCCGGACCUAAUCGAGAAGGCGAUCUCUGAGGACACCCAGGGCCACUCGCAGGCCAAUGUCCGACAGGGUAAGGGUAGCGGAGGGGGCACUGCCCAGUUCGCCAUCAGCGGCUGGAGAAGCAGCAAGGUCUCCUCCCACCGCGACGGCGGCGUCGAGCACCUUCUUUCCUUCCUCGAACGGAAGAUGCACAACAUGACACAAAAGGGACCCCGUGUCCGAAUCUCAAAGUCGCGGGUUGAAGGAGAUAUUCUGGUGGCCUCUGUACGUCAGGACGCGGCAGAUAGGAUGCUUCGAAUCAACGGCAGUAACUUUGCCGGCGUUGCUAUUACGAUUGAACCCUACGACUCCUCUGUCACGGUGCUUGACCGCCAGCUCUCCAACGGUAGUCAGAACGCCUCGACGGCCGAUACCAAGGCCAAGCUGACUGCGGUCUUGAGCAAACGCUAUUUCCCUCAAGGUCACUUCCUCGACCUGUCGAACAUUAUGGAGGAUCCCGAUCUGAAAGCCAUGGGACUUUUCGAAAAUCCUUCCACUGAAUCCAAGUUCUUCCCUGCCUUGAUGAAACUUGGCGGAAUGCAGUUCAACAGCUCGGUCCAACGGCAAGAGGCGGUGCAGAGUGUCUCGCUGGCUCGUUGCCAACUCACAAAUGUCUCAUCCUUCACUUCCCUGGCUCAGACAUUCCCAGACAUCAAAAAUCUGGACCUUUCCGGCAACAAGAUCAAGGACUCUCGGGCGAUGGUUGCGUGGCGGUGGAAAUUCCGCAAUCUGGAAGGUCUCGACUUGUCCGACAAUGAGUACAGCUCCGACCCGAAUUUCAAAGAAACCAUGAUGAAGUGGUACCCGAAGCUGCAGAUCUUGAACAAGGUUCAAGUUCGCACACCCGAGGAGAUUGCCGCUCGGAAGAAGACCCCCAUCCCCGUCCAGCCGCCCUACUUCCAGGACGAGUCCCAGAUUUGCGAAAACUUCAUUCGUGUUUUCUUCCCUGCGUACGACAAUGAUCGCAGUGGUCUCCUCAGCCGAUUUUACGACAAUAACUCCCAGUUCUCUAUGAACAUUAAUACUCAAGCCCCUAAGGCUCAGCACACUGAGACAGCAGGGUGGGACGCGUACAUCCGAAAGAGCAGAAACCUUGAGAAAAUCAGUCACUUGCCUGCUCGCAUGUCCCGCCUCUACGUUGGUGUUGAAAAAAUCCGCGAAUUCUGGAACGUUCUCCCCCAAACACAUCACCCGGACUUGUUUACGCAUCCAGAGCACUAUCUCAUCGAAUGCCACCCAAUCCCCGGUCUACCCGACCCAACCGGACAGAGUCCCACCGGAGUCGGUGGUCUUAUUAUCAUGGUUCACGGAAAGUUCGAAGAAUCUAUUAACGGAAAGGUUGAGACCCGCAGCUUCGAUCGGACUUUUACCAUUGGUCCUGGGAAUGGCGAGGGCGGCAUCCGCGUUUUGAAUGACUCUGUUUGCUACCGUGCAUACGGCGGUCACGAGGCGUGGAGUCCGGAAAGUCAGGCAAUUCCUCAGGCCAUGGCUCCGGCCGCUGCGAUUGCUUCCAUUGCUGCCCCUUUCCCUGAGGGAUACGGUGCUCCUGCACCUGGCAAGCCAGACGCUCAGGUUCAGCAAGAACAGCUGGUUAUACAGAUGAGUGCAAAGUCGGGCAUGACGAUGGAGUACUCGAAGAUGGCUCUUGAGGGCAAUUCCUGGAACCUCGAUCUCGCCUGGAACAAUUUCGAAACACUCAAGGAGCCCACCCUCGACGCCUUGGAAGCAGUGGACUACGAUCCUGUCGACCAUCUAAAUGCCAUCUUCUCACACCCUUCCACCCUCUCCUCCGUCUCCGAGAUCUCCGACGCUCUCCACACCUACGAAGAUGAACUGGACAACGAUAUUGGCACCCUCGUGGAGGAGCAGGUUACCUCCAAUGCCGAGAGCGUCGAACGCAUACAGACCGCAAAGGCCGAUUUGUCCGAACUGUUCAAGAAGAUUGAUGACGUACGGGAACGUGCCCUGAAAACUGAGCAGGCCAUCACGGACAUGACCGCCGACAUCAAGCAAUUGGACAAUGCGAAGAAGAACCUGACAUUGUCGAUGACAGCCCUGAAGCGGCUGCAGAUGCUGACGACCGCAUAUGACCAGCUGCAGGCGCUCAGUCGGACCCGACAGUAUCGCGAUUGCGCGCAGCUCCUGCAGGCGGUGAUCCAGCUAAUGGCCCAUUUCAAGUCCUACCGAUCCAUCGACCAGAUAGCAAUCCUGAGCCGCAACGUUGCAGAUAUCCAGAGAGGUCUCCUAGAGCAGGUCUGCGAGGAUUUUGAAAUAGCUUUCGCCAAGGGCGAAGUGGCUCAGAAGAGGGUCACCUUGUCGGAGGCAUGUCUUGUGGUGGAUGCAUUGGGCGAGUACGCUCGGUCCCGGCUUGUAACUUGGUACUGCAACACCCAGCUGCGCGAGUAUCGUCAAGUUUUCCGAAACAACGAAGAGGCCGGAUCCCUGGACAACAUUUCUCGCCGAUACUCGUGGUUCCGACGCAUCCUGAAGAUAUACGACGAGGAGAAUGCGGCCAUCUUUCCAGCUUCGUGGCGCGUCAAUGAAAUCCUGGCUAAUGUAUUUUGUGAGGGUACCCGAGACGACUUCAAAGGAAUCCUCUCGCGGUCGGUCCGUAGUGGUCAGACCAUCGACGUGAACUUGCUUCUUUCAUGCUUGCAAGAGACUCUUGAUUUUGAGCACUCGCUUGAGCGUCGAUUUACACCUGCCCGCCCCUCUACAGAUACAUUCGCUUCAACGGAAACUCCGGCAUUCAGUCAGUCUAUCUCUGAGGCAUUUGAGCCAUAUCUCAGUGUCUGGGUCGAGGCGCAAGAUAAACAGCUGGCUGCGCUCUUGCCCAAGUAUCGCCAACAACCUCUCAAACCCCCUGAUGAGGAGUUCAACUCUCAUACUGUGAUAUCAUCGUCGACUGAGUUAUUCACGUUCUAUCGACACUCCUUGCAACAAUGUGCCAAGCUCUCGACAGGCAAUAGUCUUGCUGAGCUGGCGAAGGUCUUUGCCAAAUACCUUGACCAGUACGCACAGCAAGUUCUCCUUCUUUACAUCAGUGAACGGCCGUCUGGCCAUACGCCUUCCAAGGUGCCCUCAAUAGAAGAUCUGGUUUCUGUUCUCAACACCGCUGAUUAUUGCUACACUACGUGCUCUCAGCUAGAGGAGAAGAUCAAGAGCCGACUAGAUGAACCUCUCAAAGAAUCGGUCGACUUACAAAGCCAAGCAGACUCCUUCAUGGGGAUUGCAUCCGCGGCCGUGCGAGGGCUUGUGCGGCAAGUUGAAGUGCACUUGGAACCAUGCUGGCGAGAGAUGCGCAACACUCCAUGGAGUAAAAUCGAGGCCGUCAGCGAUCAAAGCUCUUAUGUGGGUGAAAUGAUCUCGCAAACGAAGGAGAAGGCAUCGGAGAUUCUUCAAUUGCUACACAAACAGCAAUACGCUCGAGCUUUCUCUGACCAUUUGGUUGAGUUGAUAUGCAGUUUAUUCAUCAGUAAUGUUCUUCUAUGCAAGCCGGUUUCGGAGACAGGCGCUGAACAGAUGCUUCUUGACUCCUACACACUGAAAAGUGGUCUCUCGUCCCUCUUGCCUGCACCGGCUCCAGCAGGCUUUGUCAAACGCGUGAACACCAGCUUCUUCAAAAUCGAAACACUUCUCAAAACCGUACAGGUCCGUCCGUCUCCGCCAGAGGCUCUUGUCCAGGCAUACCUCAUCCACAUCGCGGACCGUAACAACAACAACUUCCGCAAAAUCCUUGAUAUCAAAGGCAUCCGUAGCCGCCAGGAGCAGAAUCACCUCGUGGAGCUCUUCCAGCUUCACCGGGCUUCAGACCGCUACGCUGCUGGCCUCCAGCAAAGCAAUCCCAUCCUCAGCGCCUUGCAAACCCCCAGUGCCACAAGCACCGGUUCGGUAUCCCAGGGCCUUGGGCUAACUGGCACAUCCUCCAUGUCUAUGCCGUCGCGCUUUGAUGCCUCCAUGCUUGGAUCAGCCAUCAUUUCCGCAGCAAAGGACGGCGUGGAUAGAUUUGGCAACCCCAGCCUCGGCACUUUAGGCUCCACCGGGGUUUCCGGAGGUGCAACUUCGAACACCGGUAUGGGGGGUACCUCCGGAUCUUCGUCCCCUGCCCCGCCUUCAUCGUCGCAGCAGACUGGUCACGCUCAUACUCCGUCGGAGUCUACAGCCGCCGGAAACCUCAACGAGAACCUCAAGAACAUUGGUAAAUUCUUCCGUCGUGACCUUGGUGGGUUUGGAGGACGCUUUGGCCGUGGCACUGAUGAUCCGUGA